AUGGCAAUGUACAUGUGUUCCUUGAGUUCACUGCUGCUGCUGGUGGUAGUGGUACCCUUCCUCGUGUCACUGUCACCUGAGCUUGCCUUGAAGGCCGGCGGUGCUGCAGCUGGAGCCGACGACGACAAGGCCGCACUGCUGGCCUUCAAGGCUGCGGCAAUCAGCGGAGGGUACGAUGACCCGCUUGCUUCGUGGAACGACAGCAGCAGCACCGCCGGUGGGUUCUGCAGCUGGGAGGGGGUGACAUGCCGAGGCAAGCAGCACCAGCGACCGCGAGUUGUGGCGCUGAGCCUGCACUCACGCAGGCUCGUCGGCUACCUCUCGCCGGCGAUCGGCAACCUGUCAUCCCUCAGGGUCCUGAACCUGAGCUCCAACGCGUUCAGCGGGGCCAUCCCCGCGAGUCUUGGCCACCUGCACCACCUCCGGGCCCUCGACAUGCAGAAUAACACCCUCACCGGCGACCUCCCUGUGAACUUGACAUCCUGCACCAGACUCACGGCCAUUCACCUCCGUUCCAAGCAGCUCCAGGGUCGCGUGCCCCACGAUAUCGGUACCAAGCUCAUGCUCUUGCAGGUGCUCAACCUGCGGGACAACAACCUCACAGGGGCCAUCCCGGCGUCGCUCGCCAACUUGUCAUCCCUGAGUUGCUGGGCCCUGGACCUCUCGUACAAUUAUCUCAAUGGCGAGAUCCCUCCAGGCCUCGGCUGCCUCCAGGGCCUCCAGUACCUGAACCUCGAGUUUAACCGUCUCGUCGGUGAGCCGCCCUGCUCCUUGUACAACCUAUCUUCGCUGACCAUGUUGCAGCUCGAAGGGAACAUGCUGCAUGGAAACAUGCCUGCUGAUAUCGGCAACAGUUUUCCUGGCAUGAGGUAUCUUUCCUUUUCUCAGAAUCAGUUCACUGGAUCCAUCCCUGCUUCGCUCUCAAACCUCACUGCACUCAUAGACCUUGAACUCGGCAGUAAUAGCCUAAGUGGGCAUGUGCCUCGCACUUUGGGGCAGUUGCAGCUCUACAAUUCCUAUACUUGCACAGUAACAUGCUUCAAGCGAAUGACAGAGAGGGUGGGAAUUCGUCACUUCCUUGUCAAACUGCACCCAACUCCAAGAACUGGAUAUUGGCAACAACGUCGCUUUCACGGUAGGGUGUCAGGGAGCAUCCCAUCUGACAUUGGAAAUCUUGCAAGCCUCGAAUUUCUCAGUGUGGCGAAUACAUGCAUAUCUGGAGUAGUUCCAGAAAGCAUUGGCAAGCUAGGGAACUUGGUUGUGCUAGAGAUGUAUGAUACUCAACUGUCAGGUCUCAUACCUUCAUCUUUGGGAAAUAUCUCGCAGCUGUCGAAAUUAACUGCAUACAAUGGCAAACUGGAGGGUUCAAUUCCUGCAAGCGUAGGGAAGCUGAGGAAUUUGAUAACCCUUGAUCUGUCAAUGAACCGCCUAAACGGUUCAAUUCCCAAAGAUAUUUUCAAACUACCAUAUUGGGAGCUGCGCGGUGUUGGAAGGGCUAAUGUUGGACAACAACUCAUUUCAGGAACUAUCCCUCAAUCUAUAUGCAAUAUAAAGGGUCUAAGUGCACUUGAUUUGUCCAUGAAUAAGUUGUCUGGUACUAUUCCUAAUGGCAUUGGUAGUAUACGCAGUUUGCAAUAUUUGCAUAUGGCACACAACAACUUGUCCGGAACCAUUCCUACAACGCUUCAGAACCUGACAUCACUGUACGAACUAGAUCUAUCUUUCAACAAUCUGCAAGGGGAAGUACCAAGAGAGGGCAUUUUCAGAAACUUGACCGAAUUUUCAAUCACCGGAAAUAAUGAGCUCUGUGGUGGAAUACCUCAGCUUCAUUUAGCUCCAUGCCACAAUAAUUCUGUGAAACAGAGCAGAAAAGUACAGCUGAGGUAUAUUUCAAUAGUCCUGGGAACAGCAAGUGCUCUCUUCUUCUUAGGUUUAGCCAUUACACUUAUUCUGUUUGCACGAAAGCAUAAGAGCUGCAUCGGACCGACAUUAGCUGAGGAACAGUAUGGAAGACUUUCUUAUCAUGCAUUAUCAAAUGGGACCAAUGGGUUUUCUGAAGCCAAUUUGCUUGGUAAAGGAAGCUUUGGGGCAGUCUAUAAAUGCACUUUUGAAGAUGAAGGAACUAUUGCAGCUGUGAAGGUUUUUAACCCCGAACAACAUGGAUCUACUAGAAGUUUUACGGUUGAAUGUGAGGCAUUGAGAAGGGUACGCCACCGAUGUCUCAUAAAGAUCAUCACAUGUUGCUCAAGCAUCAAUCACCAAGGUCAAGAGUUCAAGGCAUUGGUUUUUGAGUUCAUGCCCAAUGGUAGCUUAAAUGACUGGCUUCAUCCAAAGUUUGGCUUGCGCACUCCAAGCAAUACUCUCAACCUAGCACAACGGCUAGAUAUUGCUGUUGAUGUUAUGGAUGCUUUGGAUUAUCUUCAUAAUCACUGUCAUCCACCGAUCAUUCACUGUGAUAUUAAGCCAAGCAACAUCCUUCUUGCAGAAGACAUGAGUGCUCGAAUUGGAGACUUUGGCCUGUCAAGAAUCCUCGCAGAAUGUGCAAGUCAAACCAUACAAAAUUCCAACAGCAUGUUCGGAAUAAGAGGUUCUGUUGGUUAUGUUGCCCCAGAGUAUGGUGAAGGUUCUUAUGUUUCAGCUCUUGGUGAUGUUUAUAGUCUCGGCAUUUUGUUGCUCGAGAUGUUUACUGGAAAGAGCCCGAUUGAUGAUAUGUUCAGAGGUUCACUAGAUCUGCACAAGUUUUGCAAAGAUGCUCUUCCAAAAAGAAUCUGGGAGGUAGCCGACACAGCAAUGUGGCUGCACACAGCCACUCAUGAUAGCACUACAAGAACUCGAAUUGAAAGUUGUUUGAUUUCUGCCAUUGGUCUUGGGAUAUCCUGCUCGGAGAAACAACCCAGAGAGCGAAUACUUAUACAUGAUGCAACAAUUGAGAUGCAUGCUAUCCGAGAUUCAUACCUCAUCUUUGCCAGACCUCUUGAGGCGUAG